GUGCUGCUGCUAUACUGUAAUCAUAUGAUAGGGAGUUGAUCCCCGUUGCAGAAUACCGACACACCGGGCGGACACCAGCAGAGCAACCGGGGCGGAGGACACCAGAUGAUAGUAGGUUUUUAUUGUAAAGAAGUGCGUGGAGUCUGUUCAGAGUGUCGCCUGAAGUGUCAAAAAAGAGCCAAACUCCCCCCACAAAAAAAGGAACUUUUUCAAACUCUGGAGAGAGUCGGCACAGGGGGGAAGAAGAGAGGGCACACAGACGAAACGUUAACCAAAGGACAGUCGAUUUAACCGGAGCUGAGAUUUGAGUUUGAACCGCUAUCAGAGAGGCGGUCAGCGGGUCGCGGCCGGUGGAAACCCCUGGGGUCUUCGCAUCGCUUGUUGGGGCGUGUGUGUGUGUUUUUGUGAAUUUCCCUCACAAGUUUCUCAACUAGCCUAUAGGUCACUUUAUUGUAGAGCUAAAACCAUGGUCGGGGAGACAGAGGUGAAGGAGAGACCCAAGUCCAACCCGGACUACCUAAUGCAGCUGAUGAACGACAGGAAGGUGAUGAGCUCCCUGCCCAACUUCAGCGGCAUCUUCUCGCAUCUGGAGCGGCUGCUGGAUGAAGAAAUCGGCAGGGUACGCAAGGACAUGUACAACGACACAGUGAACGGCGGCAUGUUCAACGGGCGGGACAUGGAGGAACUUCCCGAAGCUAUCGGCCCUGUGGCUCAGCUGCAGGAGAAGCUCUACGUGCCUGUCAAAGAGUACCCCGACUUUAACUUUGUAGGGAGGAUCCUGGGCCCACGUGGACUGACGGCCAAACAACUGGAGGCAGAGACCGGCUGCAAGAUUAUGGUGCGAGGAAAAGGCUCCAUGAGAGACAAGAAGAAGGAGGAGAUGAACCGAGGGAAGCCCAACUGGGAGCACCUCAGCGAGGAUCUCCACGUCCUGAUCACAGUGGAGGACACACACAACCGGGCCAAGAUCAAACUCCAGCGAGCCAUCAACGAGGUCAAGAAACUUCUUGUGCCAGCUGCUGAGGGGGAAGACAACCUGAAGAAAAUGCAGUUGAUGGAGCUGGCCAUUCUCAAUGGGACCUACAGAGACGCCAAUGUCAAGAUGGCCACCGCCGGCUUCCCUCUAGGGACACCUCAGGCGCCUCGUAUCCUCACAGGUCCGACGUCGGUCCUACCUCCCUCCAUGCGCAACCCCAACCCCGUCUCCACGCAGACCAUGUUGCCUCUGAUUCGUCAGAUCCAGAGCUCCGCCCUCAUGCAGGGAGCCAAUCCGCACCAGGCGCUGGUGCAGCAAGGGCCCGAAUCUGGAAUCAUCUACACGCCCUAUGACUAUCCCUACACACUCACGCCAUCCAUAUUGGAAUACCCGAUUGACUCAACUGGAGUAUUAGUCCCUUCUUCCUGUGUUUUUGCAGCAGGUGCCAUGACCACUAAGCUACGACGCCACGACAAGAGAAUCCAUCCUUACCAAAGGGUAGUGACCCCAGACAGAGCUGCCACGGCAACUAACCCAUGACCCCUUGACCUUCUGACCUUUCCGCCCACUGAUGACCCACCCAUCUCCGCCUGCUGGCGUGCUCAUUGGCCCACGGCCCCGUCACUCCCCCAGCUCAGCCAACCAGACCAGCACAUUGGGAACAACCCGGCUGCUUCUGUCUAACCAGCCAACCAGAGGACAGCGAUCAUGGGAAUAAACCUCAGGACCCUGCCCAUCACCAAGUCCUAACCUAAACUUUACCAAACGUGCCUUCCUUCCCAAAGUCCAACGCCAGUCUGAGAAUGUUUUAUAACCAGUCGAGACCCCAAUCUGUAACAGCUGUUGCCGUGCAUAACAAGUAGACUUUACUGGGGACGGGCUGCUAAACCAAUCCCUGGCCGUGCCAAACUGCCCUGCCAUCAGUCCAUGUGAUGCUAUAAUAAUGACUCUAUUAAUAACAUGGUAACUAUACUGAUAAUAAUGGUACUUAUCCAGCACAGACACUCUUCCUAAAACUAAAAGAGAUAUGUUGAUAUUUGGAAGCAUCAUUUCCUCAGUGGGCACCUCUUACUUAAAGGAAUACCCACAAUAUGAUCAUUUGUACAUCUCGAUUACUCACCCCGUGGUUCCUUGAAUUUGUAAAGAAAGCGUUUAGUUUUCCUCUCAUGCCUUCACGGUGAACAAAGGGUACAAAACGGAGAAAGGUCCUGAUGAAUUGAAAGUAAAUGGGGGGCCGCGUUCAACAAUAGCAAAACUUUUUAUACUUUAACUUUUCUUCACACGCGUUAAAGGGAUUCCUUCUUUUCUGGGCCAAUAUACAUUCAUUCAUUUACGCAUUAUAAUUGCUGUUAAUAUGUUAAUAUAUUAACACGCUUUCCCUUGAAUUGUCACAUCAAUGAUGUGUUUAAAAUGUCACUUUUUCGUCCAGAUUUUAUUAUUUUGUGCAUCAUUUCCUUUAAAGAGGAGAGAUUUCCUUUUCUCUUCGACACGUCUGAACGGGCUAAAUAAAAACAAAAAAGCCGUCGGUCGGUGAGGUAAAGUGCCAGCGCAGAAUCUUUUUCACCGUCAAAAGAAACAAGUGCUCAGUGAGGAAAAUGAACAAAUGCCAAAGUAUCUUUUGAGUUUUUCCUUAAUAAGUAAAUCAUCCCAAUACUGAGUCAACAUAUGCAGUAUAAAUGCCAUGUCUGUAGUACAGUGCAGAUACACACACAGAGGGAAGGUUGCACGUCUUUUGUCCAAAUGGAGAGGACUUACACAACGAUGCCUUUUUCACACUACAGUAUUGUAUGAGCUCGAACAACAGUGCCUUUAUUUAUUUGAGAGCGAUGGAACAAUGUUACACCUAAAUCUUUUAUUACUGCAUUGUGGUUUGUGCCCAGCUUGAAAUGAUGUUCUUUGGGUUUAUGCAGAUUAAUUGUCAUCAUCUACAUUUUAUGGCCCACAUCCAUAACUCUUCUCAAUUCAGAUUUUAGUGCCAAAAAAAAAAGAAAGUGGCUCAUUUGAAUCGGAAGUGCAAUGCAGUAUUGAAGCAGCAGCUACGAUGUCUGAAAUGUUUAUGUGUGAGGUUCGUAUACCUCGAGAGAACAGUGUUAUAUUUUAUCUUUUCUUUUUGUGUUGUUUGUGUUUUUGAUUGUUUUGUUUGAGAUGAAGUCGUCCAUAUUUCCUAUAUUCAUGUGUAUCCGCUUUCUCCGAAGGUGUGGUACAGUUACGCACACACACAAGCCAACUGAGGCCUUGACAUAAAAAAAAAAGAAGAAAAAAUCAUAAUAAUUGUAACAAGUUUAUAAUGUAUUUUUAUAUUCUAUUUUGUACGUGAAAAUAACAUUAAAUUACCUUUUCAGAUAAAAAAACAUGCCUUAUUACGGAGAGUAAUUUGAUUUAACUAUCCUUCAUGUGUCAUUAUUAGUAACCAAUGUCCUGAUAUACUGGAGUCUCUGAUGUCCUCUGUUUUAACUUGAGCCUUUGAGAUCAACAUUGCUUGCCCUCUGUGCCUUUUGUAUACUAUGAGUGUGACAAUUAACAGUGUAGUGCAACAUUAAUCUACUCUUCAGUGCCAAGUGUAGGUUACUAACUGUUACCCCACUUCUGUGAUUAUUAACCACUUUAAUGGUAUCUGUCUCGGCUUUGAUUUUCUUUAAAAAAAAAAAAAUUACAUGUGUGUCUAAAAAAAAUGAAGAUAUGUGUUGAACUUUUAACUUUUAAAGUGAGCAGAAAUAACUCUU